AUCCUGAUGUGGUGAUGCACACAGACAAGAGGACUGGAGGGCAGAAGGACAGCUGCUAAAUUUGAAUAAAAUAAGCAGGAAAAUGGGACUGGGAAAGGGGAAUGACAAAUACAAAGUGGCUGCUAACACUGAGGGUGGGGGCAAAAAGGACAAUAAAGACCAGAACAGGGAUGAUCUGAAGAAAGAACUGGAUCUGAAUGAUCACAGACUGACUUUGGAUGAACUCCACCAAAAAUAUGGCACUGAUCUUAAUAGGGGUUUGUCCAGUUCCUGUGCAAAAGAAAUCCUAGAACGUGAUGGACCCAAUGCCCUGACGCCUCCUCCUACAACCCCAGAGUGGAUCAAGUUCUGCAGACAGCUUUUUGGUGGAUUCUGUACAUUAUUGUGGAUUGGAGCUUUUCUUUGUUUUUUGGCGUUUACUGUUCAGAUGAAUACAGACAGUGAACCAACAAAUGAUAAUUUGUACCUAGGUAUUGUUCUGGCUGCAGUGGUGUUGAUCACUGGAGGUUUUUCAUAUUACCAGGAGUCUAAAAGCUCAAAAAUUAUGGAUUCCUUCAAGAAUCUUGUGCCACAGCAAGCACUAGUAAUUCGUGAUGGAGAAAAGAAGGACAUCAAAGCUGAGGAUGUGGUUGUUGGUGACCUGGUGGAGAUCAAGGGUGGAGAUCGAAUCCCUGCUGAUCUGCGUAUUAUCGCUGCACAUGGAUGCAAGGUGGACAACUCCUCCCUUACUGGAGAAUCUGAACCUCAACCUCGUACUUCUGAAUUCUCCCAUGAUAAUCCACUGGAGACGAAGAAUAUUGUGUUCUUUUCAACAAACUGUGUUGAAGGUUCUGCUACAGGUAUUGUCAUUAACACUGGUGAUCGCACUGUGAUGGGUCGAAUUGCUACCCUGGCCUCAAUCCUCGAGGUGGGAAAGACCCCAAUUGCCAUAGAGAUAGAGCACUUUAUUCAUAUUAUCACUGCUGUGGCUGUGUUUCUGGGUGUCACAUUUUGCACCCUGUCUCUCAUUCUCGGAUAUGGCUGGUUGGAAGCUGUCAUCUUUCUUAUUGGAAUCAUUGUUGCCAAUGUGCCUGAGGGUCUACUUGCUACAGUAACUGUGUGUCUGACUUUAACUGCCAAACGUAUGGCCAAGAAGAACUGUUUGGUGAAAAAUCUUGAAGCUGUAGAAACCCUUGGCUCUACCUCCACUAUCUGCUCAGAUAAGACAGGAACUCUGACCCAGAACCGUAUGACCGUGGCACAUAUGUGGUUUGACAACCAGAUUCAUGAAGCCGAUACCACCGAGAACCAAAGUGGUAUUGCUUUUGACAGAAGCUCUCCCACAUGGUCUGCUCUUGCUCGUGUAGCUGGCGUGUGCAACCGUGCAGUCUUCCUUGCAGAUCAAGCCAAUGUUCCAAUCCUUAAGAGAAAUACUGCAGGUGACGCAUCAGAGUCUGCCCUGCUGAAGUGUAUUGAGCUCUGCUGUGGUUCAGUGAAGGAUCUAAGAGCCAUAUACACAAAAGUGGCUGAGAUCCCUUUCAAUUCCACCAACAAAUAUCAACUUUCAAUCCACAAGAACCCAAAUGCCUCAGAAAGCAAGAACUUGCUUUUAAUGAAAGGUGCACCUGAGAGGAUCCUAGAUCGGUGCUCAACUAUUAUGAUUGAAGGGAAAGAGCAACCCCUUGAUGAUGAAAUGAAGGAUUCUUUCCAGAAUGCAUAUAUGAAACUAGGAGGUCUUGGAGAAAGAGUUCUAGGAUUCUGCCAUUUCAAUCUCCCUGAUGAUCAGUUCCCUGGGGGCUUUGCAUUUGACACAGAGACGGUGAACUUCCCCACUGAGAAUCUCUGCUUUCUUGGACUCAUGUCUAUGAUUGAUCCUCCUCGUGCUGCAGUACCUGACGCUGUAGCUAAGUGCCGGAGUGCAGGAAUCAAGGUCAUCAUGGUUACAGGAGAUCAUCCAAUCACAGCUAAAGCUAUUGCUAAGGGUGUGGGUAUCAUCUCUGAAAGUAGUGAGACUGUGGAAGACAUCGCUGCCCGUCUGAACAUUUCCAUUGAAGAGGUCAACCCCAGAGAGGCAAAGGCCUGUGUUGUUCAUGGUGGAGAGUUGAAGGACAUGACACCAGAGCAGUUGGAUGACAUCCUUAAACACCACACUGAGAUUGUUUUUGCCAGAACUUCUCCUCAGCAAAAACUCAUCAUUGUGGAAGGAUUCCAGCGACAGGGUGCCAUUGUGGCUGUGACUGGUGAUGGUGUUAAUGAUUCUCCUGCUCUGAAGAAGGCUGAUAUUGGUGUAGCAAUGGGUAUCGCUGGGUCUGAUGUCUCCAAACAGGCUGCUGAUAUGAUUCUCCUGGAUGACAACUUUGCUUCUAUUGUCACUGGAGUAGAAGAAGGCCGACUGAUCUUUGACAACUUGAAGAAAUCCAUUGCGUACACGUUGACAAGUAAAAUCCCUGAGAUGUCACCCUUCCUCUUCUUUGUUAUUGCGGGCAUUCCGCUCGCUCUGGGAACGGUCACUAUUUUAUGUAUCGAUCUAGGAACUGAUAUGGUGCCUGCUAUUUCUUUGGCCUAUGAGGCUGCUGAGAGUGAUAUCAUGAAGAGGCAACCCAGAAAUGCCAAAACAGACAAACUGGUGAAUGAAAGGCUCAUCAGUAUGGCUUAUGGUCAGAUUGGAAUGAUGCAGGCAGCAGCAGGGUUCUUUACCUACUUUGUCGUCCUUGCUGAGAAUGGAUUCAUGCCACUAACUUUGACAGGACUGCGUGUUGACUGGGACAGUAGAAAUUACAAUGAUCUGGAGGAUGACUAUGGCCAGCAAUGGACAUACGAGAGCCGAAAAAUUCUGGAGUACACAUGCCACACUGCAUUCUUUGUCAGUAUUGUCGUAGUGCAGGUGGCAGACUUGAUCAUCUGUAAGACCAGGGUUAAUUCCAUUGUGCAGCAAGGCAUGAGGAAGAACAAAGUCCUCAUCUUCGGUAUUUUCGAGGAGACAGCACUUGCAGCCUUCUUAUCCUACUGUCCAGGAAUGGAUGUUGCUCUUAGAAUGUAUCCACUGAAACCAUGGUGGUUAUUAUGCGCUUUACCAUAUUCACUCCUCAUUUUCUUCUACGAUGAAACAAGACGAUACCUUCUCAGGAGAAAUCCAGGAGGAUGGGUGGAAAAGGAGACCUAUUAUUAAAGCAACCCACUAUACCAACCACCACCUGCUGCCCACACCUUCACAAUGUCCCAACCAUGUCAUUUCAUCCAUACAACACAAUGGACAUUAAAUUGUAUGUUAAAUAAACAUAAGCUAUCCAUGGGCUGUAAUGAUAUGUAUUUAAAUAUAGUCUAGAGGACUGAUUUAGACUUGCAUUAAGGUUACAAUGUUUCAUUUGGGGAGACAACAGUCUCAAACAUCCUCACAAUAGCAUUUUUCUAGUAUAUUUUAAAGCACUGGUAAAUAUUGGAAUCAUACUUUUAGUAUGUAAGUCUGCUACUUACAAUAUGGUAUCUCACAUAUCCUUUAUUCUCCAACCCUGACCAAGACAAAGAGGUUACUGCAGCUGAAAGAAUGAAUAUUACAUACAUUAUUUGCAUUACUUACUUGCCUGAGGCCAGACUGAAGCAGCCUUCUAUAUUAUUGUUUCUAACUUAAGUUGUUGAACAACCAGUGCUGUUUCAAUUGGUGGACAAAAGAUCCCCAUGUAACAUGCCAGACAGUGACAAAAAUUUAGGCCAGGAGUCUCACUUUAUUAGAAAGCAACACGAUAUGUUAAGAGCUUUGGGGGGUGUAAACUUUUGAACAGGAUGAUUUGGUAUUAUUUUGUCUUCUGGGAAACAUGUAAAUAUCAUAUGUAGUUUCUGAAGGACAGUACUAAGUGAAAAACAUAAGAUCUUUAAUUAAAAUAAUAACAAAUUACACCAAUCAUCCUGUUCAAAAGUUUACACCCCCCGCUCUUAAUGAAUCGUAUUGCUUUCUUGAGCAUCAGUGAAUAUUUGCACUUUUUGUAAUAGUUGUGUACGAGUCCCACAAUUGUCCUAAUUGUGAAAAGAUGGAUCUGAACAUCAUAGAGUCGCUGUUGGAAAGGGGUCAUAUAAGCAGAAGAUGCUGGAAAAGUAAAGAAUGUGUAGGACCUGGAGGAUUUUAUUGAAGAACAGUGGGCAGUUUAACUGCUCAGGACAAACAAGGGACUCGUGAACAACUAUCACAAAACAUAAACACAGUUGUGGAUCAUCCAGGUAACGACACACAGUAUUAAUAAUCAAGGGUAUGUAAACUUUUGAACUGGUUCGUUUGUCUAAAUUCAGUUAUUAUUGUGUCUUGUGGACUAUAUAUAAACAUCUGUUAUGUGAAAUAGCUUAUUCAGAGCAGCACUAAAUAAAGAACAAAAUACAAUCUUUUAA